AUGUCAAAAAAAACUGGAAUAGGACAACUGGAUAAUAAAAAGGAAUAUAUUAUACCACAAAAUUUCGGCAGCGAAAAUUCAGAAGAUCAACAAAUUACGUCAAUCCUGGAUAAACGAGUGUCAAAAGUUUCCCAGCCUAAAAUACCGAAAAACAAUAAGUCAAAAAGGGAAGAUAAAAAACUUUUAAACACCAUCCCACACGAUUCUUACAUGGAAGAUUCACAUGCGAAGACAGUCCUGGCCAAAGAGAGACGCUUGCCUGAACAAUCCAAACCUAAAUUUCUAAAUGACGAUAAGUCCAAAAAAACUGAAAAAGGAGUAUUAAACAGUAAAAAAAAUUACGAUUGCGCAAAGAAAGAACAACGAACUGAUUUAACCCUGGAUAAACGAGUGACUAAAGUUUCCCAUCCUAAAAUAUUGAAAGAAGGUAAGCCAAAAAUUACUGAGAUGAUAACUUUAGCCCCAGAUAAACGAGUUCAUAAAAAUUUCCAACAUCAAAUAGCAAAAGGUAUUAAGUCAAUGGGAGAUGAAAACGCAACAUCCAAUAACGAUUUGGAUCCACACGAUUCUGACAAAGAAGUUUCAGGUGAUGAGACAAUCCUGGCCAAAGAGAAACGCUUGCCUGAACGAUCCAAACCUGAAAUCCUGAAUAAUAACGGUUUCAACAAUUAAAAACAAUUUAUCUAUUUCUUGGUCUCUCCUUCAGAUACUCAUUUUCUAUUCAAUUCAUUCAUUAUCUUUCAUUGGUUCAUUCUUCUUCUUA